UUCUAUUUUAUGUUCAGAUAUGUAUUUCCUGAACGUUUUCAAAGGCCGCGAACAUCAAGGAAUGUAGACUCAGUAGAGUGAUGAUUUUUUUGCUCAGAAUGCUCAAAUUUUGACAGUUCAAGAGACUGUUAAAAACAACAAAAUGUAAAAAUCUUAAAGAUGGCAACCGUUUUCAAUUUUGUCUACUCGUUUGGUUACAAUAUUGUCAUUAAACCGUCUUUGUCCCACUGACGAAAAUUUCCUAAUAUUGACAAGAAACCUAAGAACUAACGAAAUGGACGGAUCGGGACAGAACUUUGCUUCUUAUGGGAGUGGUCUUACUCCCCAACACCAACAGAGUCCAAUGAUGUCUCCUGCAGCUCUAAGCAGUUUCUCUCUUGGUGCUACUCCAAAUCCAGUCAUGCCUCCAUCUAAUGCAAGUUUAUACCCUCCCCAAACCCCAGCAGGUCCCAUGACCCCAGGUGUACCUGUCACCCCCGGAGGACCCCCUAUAACCCCCGGAGGACCCCCUAUAACCCCCGGAGGACCAAUGACACCAGCAACCCCCGCCUCAGAGGGUGGAGCUGGAAUGGUUCCUCUUCGGCCACAGUUGCAAAAUAUAGUGUGCACUGUAAAUCUUGGCUGUAAACUGGAUCUCAAGAAGAUUGCUCUUCAUGCAAGAAAUGCAGAAUACAAUCCAAAGCGAUUUGCUGCUGUCAUUAUGAGGAUACGAGAUCCCAGGACAACAGCUCUUAUUUUUAGUUCAGGAAAAAUGGUCUGUACAGGAGCGAAAAGUGAAGACCAAGCCAAGUUGGCAGCAAGAAAAUAUGCAAGGAUUGUUCAAAAAUUAGGAUUUGCUGCAAAAUUUUUGGAUUUUAAAAUACAGAACAUGGUUGGAAGCUGUGAUGUAAAAUUUCCUAUCAGAUUAGAGGGUUUGGUGCUGACCCAUGGUCAGUUUUCAAGUUAUGAGCCAGAGUUAUUCCCCGGACUGAUUUACAGAAUGGUGAAACCUCGCAUUGUGUUGCUUAUUUUUGUCUCAGGAAAAGUUGUACUUACAGGAGCCAAAGACUGGGAGUAUGCCAUGAGAAGAGAAAUGCAGGAAAUUGUACCUAACCUUUACCUUGGACCUUAUGCUUCAGCUAAUAAAAACAAGUUUAGCCAUCUAGAAGCCAUAGGAAUAUCUGAUAUUGUGUGUAUCAGACAUGCUGCAGAGGCUAACUUCAUCAAACCAAACUUUCCAGAUAGGAUAAGGUACCUUGUCUUAAAUGUCGCAGAUGUAUAUACAGAAAAUAUUAUUCAAUAUUUUUCAAAGAUAAAGGCAUUUAUAGAAGACAGUUUUGCAAGGAAUGGAAAAGUUCUAGUCCAUGGGAAUGCUGGAAUGUCGCGCAGUGCAUCAUUUGUGAUUGCCUACAUCAUGGAGAAAUAUGGCUUAUCAUAUAGAGAUGCAUUUGUCUACGUCCAACAGAAGAGAUUUUGUAUUAACCCUAACGAGGGAUUUGUACAGCAGUUACACGAAUACGAGCCUAUGUACAGAGCUAGAGUCACUUUUCAACACAGUUAUACCCCUUUAGAGAGCGGAAUGUUAAAGCGAAAAUUCACCGAGGAUCACGAGACGACAGAAGAUGGCGUAUUAAUGCAACAUACGUGACAGGUUCUGUGUCAUGUCCGAGUCGAUCUCUGUUAAUGAACAAAGAAAAAAACUGAAAAUAAUCUUCAGAUAUCAGAUUAUUAGGUAACCUGAAUCACUCAAGUUACCUAUUGGGAUCUGUUUAUGUCUGCCAUUGUAAACUUUUCAACAGUAUUACCUUUCUUAAAUAUUGAAACAUUUAUCACCAGUGUUGGUAAAAAGCAUCUUUAGGUAAGGCAUACAAAACUAUUCAUUCCAUGGUCUCUUCUGCCAUUAGGUUUUAGCGGUGGGGCUCACUGCCACACCUCUAAAUCAGUGUAAUAGGAUAAUUAAAAAAAAAAAAUCUCUACUCUUGAAUGUCUAGUUGAGAAACUGGGUGCAUAUAGUUGUAUUCAGGAGCUUCUACCAAAAUUGUGAAUUCAUGGCUCCUGGGUCAGAGAUUCAGCCCAUUUUGAAGGGAUGGAGGAUCUUCUGCAUCUAUCAGACAAACUGGAUGCUUAGUUGUAAUGACCAUCAAGCUUUUACCAAAUUUAUGGACCCUGGAUCAAGGGUUCAGACCCCAGGAUGGGGACAUCAUGGAUCAUAUAGUGAAAAUGAAUUGACUAUUAUAAAAUCUUUUCUUCUACUUCUGAAAAUUUAGCAAAGAAAUUGGGUGCAUAGCAUUAUUAAGCAUCAAGGCAUCUUCCAAAAGAGUGAAGCCCAUCACUUCCCCUGGGACACAGGUUCAGGCUUUAGGGUGGUGCUAUAUAGAUCAUAGUAACCAAAAAAUAAGGAUGUUUAGUUCUCAGGAGUUUAAACAAUGUGCAACAUUUCGAAUUAAAACUCCUCCUUGCAUGGUACCCAGAUGACUGUUGAGCGCUGAUUACCUCUUGUUAUUGAUAUUCUUGACUAUAUUCCUCAUUUUUCAUGUGUUUGUUUUCAUGAUUACAUACAUCAGCAUGUAUAUAUUGUUAUACUAUAUUAUUGAAUAAAUAUGUUUAAAAUUCAA